GCUGCACUCUGUCUCUUAAGUCUGUAAGUAUAUCAUAUCCUAGUAAUCCAGGGAUAUUUCAGUAUCCAUACCAGACUGCUAGAGUGGUUUCAUGAACUCAAUAACCAAUACUUUAAAAUAGGAAAGGUUUGUGCACAUACCAAGUUCGGUUAAUCCCGUCAUACUGAAAAUGGAAUCACUCCCUCUAGCAACAGGACCAGAGGUGCUUAUACGUUCGCCAACGAAUACAUAAACAUGUCUGAAAGAGUAUCGCAUCUCUGUGCGACAAACAUUGGUCAAAUCAGGAUAGCAAGCUUACUAGGGUCGACGCUUGGACCUGCCUGCAUUAUUUGUGGUAGGUAACGGGCCACAGGAACUUUGCGCGCACGUGGUCGCACAGUGUAAACAAAGGCCCCUCCGUCAAGAUGAGGUUCUUCAACCCAUAUUUACUCCGCAACCACUACCCCUGCCACUCGGACCAUUCUUACACAGAGUUCAUCUAUUCUGACUCUAACACCGACGUAACAAUGUCAUCUUCGAGUUACUCAACCUCUGCCACUCAUGCCACAGAGCAAGAAGAGCGCAAGAAUCAGCUACGAUCGCUCUCUUCCAUCAAACAGAAGCAUCCUGAGGCCUUCCGUAACCGCACAGUGAUCUCUGAGAUUCCAAACAGACAAACUACUCCUGACAGAAAAGUUCCCUCCCACGAAGUGGCCUUUGGCUCAACCUACGAUGGGCGCACACCCCACAAACCUGGGAUGCACAUUCUAAUCAAGGACGAAGGAGUGUUCGAUUCCGACAUCAAACGAUGGGUUCGCAAUGAAUUCAAAGAGAACGUCCUACGCAACUAUCCUAUCCUGGAAUUCGUUCGGAGUGUCUGGAACUACGCUCCAGAUGAUAUCCCAGGCGAUGGUUAUGUCAUUCCUGGAAAUUUGCGCUCAUGGUACCUGAAGUCUGGAAGAUACGUAAAGAGCGGUUUGGAGAACGAGAGAUACAGCGAAUACGCUGGGGAGGCGUCUGCGUCUCAUUGUUUCCAGGCGUUAUUCAGGGAUCUCGCUAGAAUCGUGCAAGAGAAAAGGGAAGAGCAGGAUGCUGCAGCUGCCGAGGCACUCAGGGCCUCACGAUUUCCAGGUGUUAUGCGAUUUCUCCAAGAUCGUCCACUUGUAGGAAAGGGAGCGAAGCUGAAGCCUGACUUUGGUUAUGCGGCAUUGCCAGAGCGUUCCGAGGACCCAAUUGCCUGGGAGCCCCUUGGGCUUUUCGGCGAACUGAAAAAGACGGAUAAAGGAGUAGACCGUCCGCCCGAGGUAGACAUCCCAAUAUGUCUUUCAGAGUUGUUGAAGAAGCCCAAGCCUGCCAAGAAGGCGACUCAUCCAAGUCCUCCUUCUGCCUCCUCAAAGGGGAAAAAGCGUGCGGAGCCCGACACCCCCCUUGAACAAGGACCAUCUUCCAAACAGUUGAAGAGUGGCCAUAUAGGAUCCACAAACUCGUCAAGUGCGAGUCACAGGCGUUUAAAACCGAAAGGCAAGGCUACAAGGAAGGUCAACCGUAAGGUGCAAAGAGCAGGAGAUGUCAUCUCCACUCCCGCAUCAAAAGUGGAACGGUCAUCUAGCCAGGUAUCUCAGACUGCGGCUGUCUCAGCAACGGCUGACCCUGCUCAACAGGGCCAAUCGCUUGACUCGGAACUCGAAGAAAUAAUUAUGAAAAUUGAAUCAAGGGAGAAGUCGAUCAAGAACUUAACAGGCCACGAGGUUCAGGCAGCCAAAUACUUGAACGAAUUACUAUCUCACGGGGCGCGAAACUACGCGACCGGCUUCCUUGUUGAGAAUACGAAGAUAAGUCUCUGGUAUGCUGAUCGUUUGGGAAUCAUGAAGUCCGUGCAAUUCGACUUCCUCGAGGAACCUCAUUACCUCCUCUUGAUGGUGGCCGCCAUCAGCUCAGCCGAUGAUGCAGCCCUCGGAUUUUGUCCCCUGAUCGUCGAUGUGCCACGCGAUCACAUUGGGUAUGCUGGUGCGAAGCUUAGAAUCCCCGACGCUCGCGACGUCAAUAACGGAAAUAUCGAUACCAUUGAGCUCGAUCUCGAUGCAGACGGCGAGAGAGAAAUUCUAACAGCGUACGGAACGGUAGGUCGUGGAACGACAGUAGUUCCUGUCACGACUUCCGGACGUACUCGAGACCUCUUCGGAUCCGAUAAGCUCGUCGUCAAGAUGUCCUGGCAGCCGGUUAACCGGCGUGAGGAGGGCCAUAUCCGACAUAUACGAAGAACAUUAGCGAAUAGCGACAACCAAGUAGCACGAGACGCGCUCGAGUUUAUUGUAGAUCUCAAGUGCUCAGUGGCGCUGCAGAUGGAUAAUCCGGCUCUCGACUUUCCCCGUGUUUGCAUGGACAUGCCUAUGCCAAAUGAUGAGCUGCGGGAUUUUCGAAUGCUCGCCCUCAGAGAGUACCUUCCUCUCGAUUUCAUCGACACGGUUGAGGAGUUGGUGCAAGUAUUUCGGGACGUUAUCACAGGUCACAACUGGGCUUGGGUGAUCGCGAACGUCCUUCAUCGUGACAUAAGCGUGAGCAACGUUAUGUUUCACAGACGAGAUGGCCGCGUCAUUGGCGUGCUUUGCGACUGGGACCUCGCUGAAACGAGGGAAUUCCUUGGUGAAGACGAUCUGACGUGCGUGGAUGAGGAAGAGCUACAAAGUGUCAACAGGAUGAAGCUAAAAGGCCAAAGACGUCAGCCUGCUGGCCCUUCGGAGAUGGAGACCAACGAGGUCAGAUAUGUUGCCACUCAAGAUGACGAUAGUGUUGAUGUGACUGAUGUCAUUGCUCGUCGACGAAGAGCGAAAUACCGAACUGGAACUGGGCCGUUCAUGGCCCUUGAACUACUCGGAUCAUCGGAUAAGACUCCGACGCAUUUGCACCGUCACGACCUGGAGUCCUUUUUCUGGGUUCUUACGUGGUUUUGUUCAACACACAAUCCUGACACUCACACCUCCCGUCGAGUUGGUGAAUGGAUGCAUCCAAAACUGUCACACAUUGCCUCAGCCAAGCAGGCUUUCCUAUCGAACGAAAAGGCACGCGACGAGAUCUACGCCAAGCAGAAACAUUCGGAAUACGAUUCCUUGAUUUCAGGCGGCCUGGACAGAUUGCGCUCGGCCUUUAAUGCUGUCAGGCUCAAAAUCGAUGUGGUCAAACAUCAAAGGAACGAGCUCAUGCGCGCACUGAUAGACGACAACUCUGAAUGGAUAGAGGAAUGCAGAGAAAGCAUGACAAUGGAAUUGAGAGCCUUAGAAAGACUUGUUUCGUUCAGAAAAUUUAUGCAAUACCUUACUCUGUAGAAUAGGAUACCACACUUCCCUUCAUCAUCAAUUAUUUAUCGACCCUAAUUCAUGUAGUAAAAUUGAGAUGACUUCUGACAAGAAGAUCGUUUGAACUAGUACUAUAAGUUGCAUGUUGCGAAUUAUAGUCG